AUGUUGCGGUUCAAGCGGCUUGCCUCCCUGAAGCUCCUCCUCUCCAUGACCCCACUCUUCGCCGUCUUGGGUCCGCACGACCGCGCCCCAUUUGCCGACCUUGUGCAGGCCUGGAUGCUUGACCGCGACUUGACGACGGGCAAUCAUCUUGACUUGUUUCUCGACACCUUCUGGAACGAGCUGUACUACCGCUCCCUUGAUAACCAAUUUGACGAGGCUACAAUUGCCAAGGGGCAUGCGUUGCUUCUCUUGGACAAGAUGAUGGAACGUCGCAAGGCAUACGUCUCCGCGCUGAAUCAAAUGUGUUCUCCGGUACGUACCCCGUCCCGAAUUCCUUUCAUCGCACGCCAGUCUCGGACCUCGGUCGUGGAAUACGUGUUUCCCUUGCCACAGCCGAGCGUGGAUUCGCCUAAACUGAGUUUAUUCUCCCGCGUGCCGGGUGUCAGUUUGACCGUAUCUGAGUACAGUGAGGAGUGCAUGCAAGCGAUAGAGCAAGUACGGAUGACAUUUGAGUCCCUCUCGCUGGCGCCGCGGACGUAUCUCACUCCUGAAACGCUCUAUACCGUCCUUUUCAGUGAACCUUUCCACAAUGUCAGUCUUGUGCGCUACUUGAUGAUUCGAUGUUGCGUUGUGACAGUCUGUGCAAACCCGCUAAAGGAAGUGCCGGUGCCUGUGAUGGAGUAUGCGCUACGCACAGGCAAGAAAAGCGCCAUCAAGUUGCUACUUUCUAUCGGGGCCACGCUUCACGAUCAUUUCGACGGUGGAACCGUGGCAGAGGACAUGUUCCUCUUCGAUGCAGUCUCGUCAAAAGAGGUAGCUCCGCUGCUUGAGAUAUGGAAGAAGCGGGAAGAGCAGCGAAAAGGAGAUCCAUCGGUUUCCUACGGAAUCCUUCGUACAGUGCGGAGCGCCACUUAA